AUGGCGCCGACUUGUCCAGCAAAGGUUCGGGAACGCAGAUCCAUGACGAGGUCGAGAUUUGGCUGCCGGAAUUGCAAGCUCAGAAAAGUCAAGUGUGAUGAAAGCAAACCGUGCUGCAAGAGAUGCAUUUCAUUCGGGGUAUUAUGCAACUUCAGACUUGAUGUUCUUGACCUGCAGCCCGUCACCUGUGAUCCUGUUCUAUAUGCAUCGCAGGUCGCUAGACAAGGGACGGUGCUUCAAGCACCUCCCAGCAGCUCUGUGUGGACAUCUGAUGGAUCAAACUUUUAUCAACUAGACUCAAAGUGUCAGGAUUUUGUGACUAGGUAUCUGGGAAGAAGUCUCAUUACUCCAGACGACCCUAAAAUGGUCCAAGUGAAUCGCAGCCUUAUGGCCUUGGCUUUCUUCAACCCUUUCUUGAUGCACGCCUCCAUAGCAGUGGCCUAUGCGUAUGACCGUCAUUUAACUCAAUCGUCGGACUGCCGUCUUUCGGUAGAAGAGUGCUAUCACCGGUCUCAAAGCUUAGCGAUUUUCAACAAAAGGUUAAAUGAGCCAAUUAAUAUCAAGGAUAAGGAUGCAAUCUGGGCAACAGCAGCUGCGUUAGCCGUCUUGUCUUUUUCGACCCCUGAUGCCACUACACCUGAAGAAUCGUGGCCCCUUAAACCUGCUCAGCCCACGGAUCUGGAAUGGUUACGCAUCAACACAGGCAAAAUGUCUCUAUGGUGCCUAGCUAACCCGCUACGAUCGGACAGUCUAUUCCGUAUCAUGGAGUCAACUUUCGCGGAAAUGAACUCUCCUCUACCAGAGAAAGGUAUAGAUGGCAUGUUAAUAGUCUUGGCUUGCGUCUGUCAUCUUGAAGACUCAUCGACAACGGAAAAUAACCCGUAUUUUAAAGCCGCUCAUGCCGUAUCUAGGAUCCAACGGCUCCCAGAUAAUCAGGUCACCAUAGGGCAAACAGAAGUCUUCACCCGUUGCAUAUGUGGCCCUUUCAAAUCCUUGUUACAAAGAAAAGAUCCUAUUGCACUUUUAUUAAUGUAUUUAUGGUAUCGCAAAGCUGGUCGCAGUAUAUGGUGGAUUGAGCUGAGGGCUAGAGUAGAAUGCCCCUCUAUUUCCUCGUACUUACGGUUAUAUCACAGUAGAUAUGCCACUGUACAUGCAUUCCUGCCAGGAGGUGUUCUCGAAACUUGGAUAGAGGGAUAA